AGUAUAGAUGCCUGAUUGUCAAAAUGGCGUUUAGCUUUCCUGCAUUUUCAUACAUUAUUGCUUUAAUUGUUGAUGCAUUUUUGAUAUUUUUCUCUAUAUUCCAUGUAAUUGCUUUUGAUGAAUUGAAAACAGAUUACAAGAACCCAAUAGAUCAGUGCAACAGUUUGAAUCCACUUGUUCUUCCGGAAUAUUUGUUGCAUUUGUUGAUAAAUGUUCUAUUCCUCCUAUCAGGAGAAUGGUUUUCGUUAAUAAUAAAUCUACCUUUAAUUAUUUAUCACAUAUACAGAUAUCGCAAUCGGCCAGUCAUGUCAGGACCUGGCCUAUAUGACCCUACGAGCAUAAUGAAUGCUGAUGUAUUGACGGUAUGUCAAAGAGAAGGAUGGAUUAAAUUAGCAUUUUAUUUGCUGUCCUUCUUCUUGUAUUUGUAUGGAAUGAUAGUGGUGCUGAUCGCUGUGUAAUAAGUUAGCCGAAAGUAUUAAGUUUGAAUAAGUUAUUGUUUGUCCACAACUUUAUUAAGUGCAGCCGCUCGAACAAUGAUUGUAAUGAAGCAUAGUUGAAUGUAAAAUAUUUUGAUAAAUAAAAUUAUGUAUUAUA